UGUGUGUGCGUGCGUGUGUGCGUGUGUGUGCGUAUGCGCAUGUGUGUGCGUGUGUGUGUGUGUGUGUACGUGCGUGUGUGUGUGUGUGUGUGUGUGUGUGUGUGUGUGUGUGUGUGUGUACGUGCGUGCGUGUGUGUGUGUGUGUGUGUGUGUGUGUGUGUGUGUGUGUGUGUGUGUGUGUGUGUACGUGCGUGUGUGUGUGUGUGUGUGUGUGUGUGUGUGUGUGUGUGUGUGUGUGCGUAUGUGUGUGUGUGUGUGUGUGUGUGUGUGUGUGUGUGUGUGUGUGUGUGUGUGUGUGUGUGUGUGUGUGUGUGUGUGUACGUGCGUGUGUGUGUGUGUGUGUGUGUGUGUGCGUAUGUGUGUGUGCGUAUGUGUGUGUGUGUGUGUGUGUGUGUGUGUGCGUAUGUGUGUGUGCGUAUGUGUGUGUGUGUCCUUACAGAUUACAGAAGGCAGAGCAGCUGGGAGACAGGUGUGGCCUCCAUGAUGCAGAACAAUCACAGUGGAGUGAACCAGCUGGGAGGUGUGUUUGUGAAUGGGAGACCUUUGCCUGAUUCCACCAGACAGAAGAUAGUGGAGCUGGCCCACAGUGGAGCUCGGCCGUGUGACAUUUCUAGAAUCUUACAGGUCUCCAAUGGCUGUGUGAGUAAGAUUCUGGGUCGGUAUUAUGAGACAGGUUCGAUCCGUCCUCGAGCAAUAGGAGGGAGUAAACCCAGAGUGGCGACUCCAGAGGUAGUGGCGAAGAUCGCCCAGUACAAGAGGGAGUGUCCGUCCAUUUUUGCAUGGGAGAUCAGAGACCGACUGCUUGCAGAGGAAGUCUGCACCAGCGACAAUAUCCCCAGUGUAUCGUCAAUAAAUCGAGUGCUCAGGAAUUUAGCCACUGACAAGCAGCAAAUGGGCACAGUGGGAUCUGAAGAACUGUUUGACAAACUCAAGCUGCUCAAUGCACAAACCACCUGGGGAGGGCGUUCAGGGUGGUAUUCUAGGACCACAGUCCUGAAUUCAGAUUUUCCUGCACCAGAAGGAGGAGAGAACCGCAUCUCACUCUGUUCCAACGGAGAUGACUUGGAGGAGACUCAGAUGAGGCUUCAGCUAAAGAGGAAACUACAGAGAAACAGAACAUCGUUCUCACAUGACCAAAUAGAAGCACUUGAGAAAGAGUUUGAAAGAACUCACUAUCCAGAUGUUUUUGCUCGUGAACGUCUUGCUAACAAAAUAGACCUUCCUGAAGCAAGAAUACAGGUUUGGUUCUCAAACAGACGAGCAAAGUGGAGAAGAGAGGAGAAGUUAAGGAAUCAGCGCCGUCAGGUGUCCAGCUCCUCCAGCCAUGUUCCCAUCAGCAGCAGCUUCAGCAGCUCUGCUUGUCAGGCUCUAUCACAACCAGCUACACCAGUGUCAUUCUCUUCAGGAUCCAUGCUGGCAAGAUCCGAUCCAGUUUUAUCCAACAGCUAUGGUCUACCAUCAGUGCCCAGCUUUGGCAUGUCUGCCAGCCUAACCAUGCAAACAUCAAACCAGACCUCUUAUUCCUGCAUGCUGCCAAACAGCUCUGCUGUAAACGGCCGAAGUUAUGAGACAUUUACUCCUCCUCACAUGCAGCCACACUUCAGCAGCCAGACAGUGGCGUCCUCUGCAACAUCAACAGGUCUAAUUUCUCCUGGUGUCUCGGUUCCAGUCCAAGUUCCAGGAAGCGAAGCAGACAUGUCCCAGUACUGGUCACGCCUCCAGUGAUGUCUCUGCUUUUGUUGGACUUGAGCCACAGAAGGGUCUGACCUGUCUCUCUUUGGUCUGUGAGACUUUCAUCAUUAUGACUUGAGGACAACACAGAAAACACAGGACAAGGAUUUUUUUAAGCUUGUAAGGAAAUCUUCACUGAGUCAGAAAAAGUUCAGAUUGAACUGAACUAAUUCCUGGUGUCUGUUUGUCCUCUGGCCACCGCGCACAUGUUGUUGGCGAUUUGGCAUCAGCCAGGAUGACCUGGACCUGACCUGAAUGACAAGGACGCUCUGGAAUGUACACAAUCCUUUGGUAAAAACCAGAUGCUUGGUGUGUGGAUCUGUGUUUCUUCUGGCAACUGAAACACACUCGUAUUGGUGCCGCAGGACAAAGUGUUUGCUCCAAUGUAAAGAGAAGAACUCAACCAAACUUCAAAUGUGUACUCGGAUUUUUUUUUUCUUUCA